GAGUUGUUGCGUCCCUUAUUAUCCCCUUACAACACAUGUUUCCUCAUUCCCAGCCUCCCUCUUUCAAUCCCCACUAUCAUGUUAUCAGUUAUCCUUAGGCUAAUUAGUCUAUCCUCUAAAUGGACAACUUUUAUAUAAUCUUCUCUAUUUAUCUUAACUUUUUUAAUUAAUUAGGUACUAACCCUUUAAUUAAUUAAAGAUUUUGUAUAUUUUGCUGCGAUAAUUUCUAAGUAGUCAGAGAAAAUUAUGGGGAUUUUGCAAGAUGAUGUUGUAAUAUUUAAGGCAGCAGAGAAAGAAGGAGACCCAACUAUAAUUACUGUUAACUGUCCUGAUCAACUUGGAUUGGCUUGUGAUCUUUGUCGCAUCCUCCUCUUUUUUGGAUUCAGAAUCAGCAGAGUAGAUUUUGCAACAGAUGGGAAAUGGUGCUACAUAGUGUUAUGGGUAAUGGGGAAGCCAACAACAAAGUGGGGUUUGGUGAAGAAGAGAUUGGUGGCAGCAUGCCCUUCUUGUAACUCAAUUUCUGGGAUUUCUUAUUAUAGGGCUGAGUUGUUGCAGCCACCUAAACCUCCUGAAGUUUUUUUAUUGAAGUUAUGCUGUCAUGAUAGAAGAGGCCUUUUACAUGAUAUCACUGAGGUUUUGUGCGAGCUCGAGCUCAAUAUACAAAGAGUGAAGGUAUCCACAACUCCAGAUGGGAAAGUGUUGGACCUCUUUUUCAUUACAGACACCAGGGAACUACUGCAUACAAAGAAAAGACAAGAGGAUACCAAAGAGCAUUUAAGAGCUAAUCUAGAGGACGCUGUGAUGUGUGACAUAGAAAAGGUUAGCCUUGAAGUCACUGCCUGUUCACAAGCGUCUACAUUUCUUCCUUCUGCAAUCACGGACGAAACAUUCAACUUUGAGAUACCCGAUAAACACUAUACUGGAACUAGUCUCACCAAUUGUGUAUCUAUCACUGUGGAUAACACUCUUAGUCCUUCUCAUACCCUUGUCCAAAUUGUUUGCCGAGAUUAUAAAGGUCUUCUUUAUGACAUGAUGCGUACGUUCAAGGAUUAUAACAUCCAGAUCUCUUAUGGACGAGGCUCGACAAAGCAGAAAAGGAAUUGUGAGAUUGAUUUAUUCAUUGUGCAAGCUGAUGGAAAGAAGAUAGUUGACCCUAGUAAGCAAAACGCAUUGCGGUCUCGUCUAUUGAAAGAAGUAGCUCAACCACUUAAAGUUGCUGUUGUCAGUCGUGGCCCUGAUACAGAGUUGCUGGUUGCAAACCCAGUGGAGAUAUCCGGAAAGGGGAGGCCUGGAGUCUUCUAUGAUGUCACCCUUGCUCUGAAAAUGCUGAAUUUAUGCAUCUUUUCGGCUGAGAUUGUGAGGCACAUAAUUGAGCACCGUGAAUGUGAAGUUUACCGGUUCUUGCUCCAGGAAGGGGAAUGUUUAUCAGUUUCUAGGAAUAAAAUCAAAGAGAGGGUAUGGAACACAUUGAUGGGAUGGGAGUGAUAUAACUUUUUGACUGAAAACAAGCCUGUACAUUUUAUGUUAACAUGGACUGUUUACCUACUUGAUGUAUAGUUGUUUGUGAGUUUAAGUAGCAGAGAGGAAGACAGCUAAAGAUGGGAUGAAGACACCAAGGAGAAAGAGAAAGAGAAAGAGAAAGAUAGAAAUGAGAAACGAUUAGGAUUAAGAUGUAGUGCCACUGUUUAAGAUCUUUGCUUUCAUGGAGGGGGAGGCAGAAAGGUUUUUAACCAAAGGCAUGCGUCCUGCAUGCUAACUAUGCUGGUGCUUGUACAUUGUUUUGUUGACUUGUGCAUGCAAUAUAAUGGGAAAAUUGUAUUUUUACA